AUGGACGAGUUCGGCAGCAGGACUUACGGCACCAGCGGCCUGGACAACAGACCGCUGUUCGGCGAGACGUCUGCACGGGAUCGCAUCAUUAACUUGGCAGUGGGAGGAUUCACGUCUCUGGUUGUGCUGGUGACGGUGAUCAGCUCCUUCGUUUUCCCUUCGUUGCCUCCGCGGCCGCUCAACAUUUUCUUUGCCGUCUGCAUCCUGCUCACCUGCGGAUCCGCCAUUUUGCUGAUCUUCUGGUACCGCCAAGGCGACCUGGAACCCAAGUUCCGCAACCUGAUCUACUACAAGCUGGCGUCCAUCGUGUUGCUGUGUCUGUGUGCCAACCUCUACUUCCACGACGUCAGGUGA